CGUGAACAAAGCCGUUCAAGGUCGUGGAGGCAAACUUGACCCAGACCCUUUUCGAGGCUGUUUGGUUAGUGUCUCAGUAACUCCUAUUUCAUAUGCUGCGCAGUGAUGUUUAUGUAUUUAUAUCAGCUUUAAAUGUUUUAGGUGCGCUCUAGAGCUUUUUGCUUCUAAGGAGUUUUAUUUCGUACUCUUCAGUCUUCAGUAAUAAGGAUAGUAGUGAAGGUCCAGCUUUUCCUUGAAAGUAUUCACUGAUGGGGCUGAUACCACUUGUUCGGCCUUAUGCACUGCACAGUCUUGUUGACUUGGAAUGGUUGACAGCAGUAUUUUUGAUGAAAUACCUGAAGAAAUAAGCGCUCAGUUAGUUUCUUUUUCAGAAGCUACUGAUGAUGUUGAACAGCUUGUAAAAAAAAUUAGCAACUUUUCGAAUGAUUCUAAUACUGGGGUUAGUGAUUUGGAUACCAUCAAAACUGAUCUGUCUUUAUGCUACGCCUUUAAUGCUUUGUUUUUCAUGUAUCUUAGGUGCAAUGGUGUAGAAACUCAAAGCCAUCCUAUUAUGCAGGAAUUGGAUCGUGUAAUGAGUGCGUUGAAAAGGUGUAGAUCGUUAGUCGAAAGAGAAGGCUCUGCACGUUUGAAAUUGGACAAAGAAGCUACAACAAGAUUUGUAAAACAUGCCUUAUGGAAAUCUGCUCAUACUAAAACUAAGAAACGUCGCAUGGAUUCAUCUAGUUAGUAUUGGUGAUGAUAAUAAUUCUUAAUUAAGAAGACCUUCAUUUUGUUUCGUUUUGUAUGUAUAAAAACAAAUUAGCAAUCAAAUGUAAACUUAUACUUUUCCAGAUAUUUUUUCUCAUUUAAAUAAAUUCAUUGUACAAAUGGUGUGAUCAGUACCUGCAAUAUAUCAAUUAUGUCAA